AUGGGAUUCCUAAACAAGUUGGUGAUAACGGUGAAGAAGCCCACAAGGAGAUCUAAGCAGAUGUGCAUGCACAUACGCAGGAUGCUAGAGCCCAAUGUCACUGCGAAGCUUAGAGACAAGAACACAACUGUAAAGUCAUACUUGGAUGUUGCCGACACACUUGAGCUGUCCCAUUUUAUCCUAGUGGAUGCAAGAGACAUCAAGAUUGGAGUCAGACCAAAAGGCCCUACAUAUGUGUUCAAUAUAGUUGAUUACAAUCCAAAGUUCGUUAUGGUUGGCAGCGAGUAUUACAGGGACGAUCCGUGUAUCACAUUCACUGGGGAAAGUGACACCAAGGGGUUAUUCAUGUCUCUAUCUUCCCAGCCAGAGACAUUCAAGAGAAACCUACACUUCUACUUCGAUGGAGAUCUUAUCCAUGUAAGGCAUUAUGCCAUUGUUACAAAGGAAGAGGAAGACAUAAGAGUUGGAUUCAACGAAAUCGGGCCUAGAAUCACAAUGAAGCUCGUCAAGAAGAUGGAUGGAUUCUUCGAAUAG